AUGAGGGAGCUGGUGUGGCUCAUUGACCCACCUGCCGCCAGCAUUGGCUUCGCACGCCCCACCCUGCCCUUCCGAUUGUUCCUCUGUGUCCCUGGAUCUGGGAUGUCUGUGUCACUGUGGAGCGAGGAGACCAGUGAGGUCCUGCGUGGCCCCGGUGUGUGUCGGAAGCGUGUGGUGGAAGGUCUGCUGCAGUUAGAAGAGAAAUACCUGCCCUCUCCUCUUUACAUCACUCUCAUUCAGAGAGAUCCAGACACCAGGGAGGCUCUGGCAAAGUGGACGCUGGAGGUGUGCCGUGAGCACAGAUGUGCAGAGUCUGUGUUUCUUCUUGCUGUCUCACUGCUGGACCGCUACCUGUCCACCAGCCUGUCUCUGCCAGUCUCACCCACCUGCCUGACCGCAGCCUGCAUUCUCAUUGCCUCCAAACUCAUAGGCAACAAAGCUGUGAGCCCAGGCUACUUGAGCAAGGCUGCAAACUCCAACUUUCUGCCGGGACACCUAUUGGAUAUGGAGAGUAUUGUCCUCGCAACGCUCAGAUGGGAUGUUGCCACUGUAACCGCCAGUGACUUCCUUCCCCAUUUCUUGUCAGCACUGUCGGAAAAUGAGGAUGGACAAAGGACGGGACACACAGAAGGAUUCUUGUCAAGCGUUCGUAGCCUUAGCGACACACUGGUUGCCCUGUGUGUCUGCGAUGCACAUUUACUAGGAACACCUCCAUCACUGGUUGCAGCUGCAGCGCUGAGCUCUGCAUGCAGAGCCCUGGGAAACAAGGCUCCUGAGAUGGACACCAUCACCACCUUAUUGGCUGGACUCUGUCAAACAGAGAAGGUUGUGGUGCAAUACUACUCUGAGCUGAUAGACAGCAUCUCCACAGAGCGUCUAAGGAGCAGGGAGAAGCAGGUGUGGGAUCUGGACGGAGACAAACAAGACGAAGAAGUGAAGGAUGACAGAGCUGGCACACCGACAGACCUGCGGGAGAUCCAGUUUUAG